GGAAGUGAGAAAGAGAGACCCAAAGCGAAGAACUUUGGAAACCCAGAAUCCAGUGUAAUUCCUAUCUGUCUUCGUAGCCAAGGUAAAGAAUAACAGAAAUACAGUACCACCCCCCACAUCAUGCCCUAUAAAAUUAAGCACAAAAAGCUAAAGUUUCAGUCCUUGUAUUGAAGACUGGGAACACCAUCUCUCUCUCUCUCUCUCUCUCUCUCUCUGAUUCAAACAUUUUAAAAUUUGUGCAUGUUUUCAUCACAACCCAGUAUUUAUCCCUCCAUACCCACAUGGGCAAGGCUCUGGAAAGCACAACCCAUUUGCCUGUUUUAUUAUUAGCUCAUGCCUAGAGAACUCGCUCAAACCAAGGCAUUAGAAUAGAAGCUUAGAGAGAGAUAGAGAAGAAUAGAAGCUUUUAGAGAGAGAGAGAGAGAAGGGCUCUUCUCUGUAAUUUUGGGGGAUUGGAACUUCGGAAAUGGUGAGAGAGUGAAUUGGGUUUCUUCCAAUGGCUAUCUUGUGUUGGUUGCAUGAGGUGGGAGAGUGGACAAAAACCCAGAAUAAUUUGUGCCAUUUUGGCCACAAAAGAAGACAGAACCACCAAUGAACAAAAACAGGUAUAGUAGAAGAAGAAACAAGACGACAGCAGACUUCUCCAAACAUGGCCGCCGCUGCCUCUUUUAAGAUCUCCCCAAUUAUUUCCAUUUUUGUUUGUUUUCUCCUUCUUGCUUCCUCUGUUUCGUCCCACUCCGGCGACCACAGCCGCCUCAACCAGACUUUCCGGCCGGGCAACGAGCAGAAGAAGCUACACAUCAUUAGAGCUCAUCUCAAGAAAAUCAAUAAACCUUCAGUCAAAACCAUUCAGAGCCCUGACGGUGAUCUGAUAGAUUGUGUUGAAUCUCAUCUUCAACCGGCAUUUGAUCACCCUCAAUUGAAAGGACAAAAGCCACUGGAUCCACCGGAGAGACCGAAUGGCCAUAACCCAAACGAAAUGGUUGCAGAGAGUUUUCAGGCGUGGAGUAUGUCCGGGGAAUCAUGUCCGGAAGGAACAAUUCCGAUUAGAAGAACAACCGAGCAAGAUGUCCUUCGAGCCAGCUCCAUCCGCCGAUUUGGAAGAAAAGUCAGAAGACCCAUCAAGCGAGACUCUUCUAGCAGUGGCCAUGAACAUAAGAUUCUGUUCCCCAGGCUACAAGAAAUUUUAUCAGAACAUGCAGUGGGGUAUGUAAACGGAGAGCAGUACUAUGGAGCAAAGGCGAGCAUAAAUGUAUGGGCACCACGGGUAGCUAACCAGUAUGAAUUCAGCUUAUCACAGAUGUGGGUGAUCUCAGGUUCUUUUGGAAAUGAUCUCAACACCAUUGAAGCUGGUUGGCAGGUUAGCCCGGAGCUUUAUGGGGACAGCUAUCCAAGGUUCUUCACUUACUGGACGACGGAUGCAUAUCAGGCAACGGGAUGCUACAAUCUGCUGUGCUCUGGUUUUGUUCAGACGAAUAGCAGAAUUGCAAUUGGAGCUGCAAUUUCUCCAACUUCAUCCUAUAAUGGUGGUCAAUUCGAUAUUAGUUUAUUAAUCUGGAAGGAUCCAAAGCACGGGCAUUGGUGGCUGGAAUUCGGGAGGGGCAUGCUGGUGGGCUACUGGCCGUCCUUCUUGUUCUCGCACCUGAGAAGCCAGGCGAGCAUGGUUCAGUUCGGCGGCGAAGUGGUGAACACCAGACCGUCCGGCUCUCACACCGCCACCCAAAUGGGCAGCGGCCAUUUCGCCGGACUUGGCUUCGGCAAAGCGUCCUAUUUCCGAAACUUGCAGGUUGUCGAUUGGGACAACAACCUAAUCCCAUUGUCCAAUCUCAAGGUCUUGGCGGAUCACCCGACUUGCUACGACAUCCGGGGCGGAAUCAAUCGGGUUUGGGGCAACUACUUUUACUAUGGAGGCCCCGGAAGGAAUCCAAGAUGUCCUUAACCCUAAGCCUAGACUAGCCAGCCUAGAGGGCUAAAAUGGUCUUUUUUGCGUCUUAUUUUUUUGUUUUUUUUUUUCUUCAUUUGGGGUGAUUAAUUUGGUUCAUCUGCUCUGCUCGAGCUUGGGUUAUAUUCUUAUUAUUAUAUACAUACAUAUGUAUAUGUAUACAUUUUUUUUUUCUUUUUGAUUUCUUCUUUGUGAAUGUAGCUAGCUAGGCGAUUAACAGGUGAUAUAUCCCAUUAAUCAAUGAAUUACAUAAAAAUAGCAUCUUCAGCUCA